AUGGCGAUGGCGGACAUGAUUGCAGAUAAACGACCUUUGAGACACCGGGACAGAGCGACUGAACCCGGGGAAAGCAGCGACAGCGCCUGUCUGACUGAGCUGUAUCUUUUGGAAUGUGGAGGAGCCAAUCCCCUGAUGAAGUUGACCGGUCACAUGACCACCGAGGGCGGGGCAUGGAGACACCGCUCUACGCCAAGUAUUCCUCCGACUCCCAUUGAAAUAGCAACUGAAGAAGAUCUGGUGAAUGAGUUCCUGCAGGCCCCGCCGCGUCCGCCCCAGACGUUUGAUAUGGGACAGCUGCUGGAGGAGAUGCAGCAGAUCGAUCAGCAGAGCUACAGACAGGCGCCGCAGAGAGCUCCAGACGUGGCAGCCCUGGCCCUCUCUGGAGACUGGACAGCAGAGUUCCUCAGUGGGCCCGACUCGGCCUCCGCCCCCCUGGUGGCUCUGGGGGAUGCGGCCGAUGCUGACUGGACCAAGGAGUUUAUCGCUGACGCUGCAGAUCCAGGACGUUGGGCAGAGGAAUAUCUGGAGCAGUCAGAGGAGAAGCUUUGGUUGGGAGACCUGGGAGACAAAGAGAGCGAGUGGACAAAAGAAUACCAUGCAGAGGAUUUAAAGCAAGCGGCAAAUGAGCUCGUAGCAAAAGUCGAGGAUCCUAAAUUACAAAACACUGAGUUCCUGCGGUUCGUUAGGCAGAUUGGGGAGGGCAGUGUGACAGUGGAGAGCAGCACAGACAAACAGCUCAGAGAUAAAGCUCAGGCCCAAGAGGCUCAAAACUGGGCCUCCAGCUUCAACCAGUUCCUGGCCCAGACAGGGGGGGGCAGCCUUCCUCUGCAGCCUCCAGAGGGAGACCAGACCAUUGAGAAAGAUAAAGCAAAGCAGGCAGAGAAGUGGGCAAAGGUCGUCAGGCAGGUGUCUGAAGACUCAGCAGAGGCUUGGGUGGACGAGUUCGCCACAGCAGGGCCGGAGUUCCAACAGGCUAAAGCUGCAGUAGAGAGUGAUGUGGAUUUCUGGGAGAAGCUACAGGAGGAGUGGGAGGAGAUGGCCAAGCGGGACGCAGAGAGCCACCCCUGGUUAUCGGACUUCGACCAGCUCCUCAACUCCUCCUAUGAUAAGGGAUACCAGUUUGAAGAAGAAAAUCCUUAUUUGACACACCCUGACCCUCUGUCGGAGGGCGUGAAGAGGAUGGAGGCAGGGGACAUCCCUGGGGCUGUUCGCUUCUUUGAAAGUGCUGUACAGAAAGAACCAGAGAAUCAACUGGCGUGGCAAUAUCUGGGGACAUGUCAAGCAGAAAAUGAGCAAGAGUUUGCAGCUAUCAGCGCCCUCCGCAGGUGUAUAGAGCUGAAGAAGGACAACCUGACUGCUCUCAUGGCUCUCGCUGUGAGCUUCACAAAUGAGUCUCUCCAUCGUCAGGCUUGUGAGACGCUGAGGGACUGGCUCAGACACAACCCCAAAUACAGCGCUGUCUGGGGCCAGAGCGAGCAGGAGCAGAAGACCAGAGCCAGUGAAAAGGGCAAAGAGAGAGAAGCGUUUGGUUCUCUGCUGCCUGAAUCCUUGUUUACAGAAGUGCAGUCCAUGUAUCUCCAGGCGGCGAACUCGGACCCCUCUGAGGUGGACCCUCAGCUGCAGUGCGGGCUAGGAGUUCUUUUCAACCUGAGCGGAGAAUAUGAUAAAGCAGUGGACUGUUUCAGCGCAGCUCUGUCUGUGACCCCACAGGACUACCUGCUGUGGAAUAAACUAGGUGCAACACUUGCCAAUGGGAGUCGCUCAGAAGAAGCCGUGGCGGCGUACAGACGAGCUCUGGAGCUGCAGCCGGGCUUUGUCCGCAGUCGCUACAAUCUGGGAAUCAGCUGCGUCAAUUUAGGAGCACACAGAGAGGCUGUGGAGCACUUCCUGGAGGCUCUGUCGCUGCAGAAACAGGCCGCAGGCGACGGGGCAAGGGCGGCAAGGGGCCCGGGAGUGGCUGCAGCUGCCCUGAUGUCUGACAACAUCUGGUCCACUCUGCGCAUGGCUCUGAGCAUGAUGGGAGAGAGCUCUCUGUACGGUGCAGCAGACCGGAGGGACUUGGACACUCUGCUCGUUCACUUCUGCCCGCGAGAGUUUGCUGAAAGAGAACCUCAUAUCUUUCCACACGUGGUUAUUCUGAAGUUUCUCACAAUGGGUUCAAGUGAGAGCAAGCUCGCUGUGGAGAUCAAACCAGAGCUCCCCUUUAAAGCCACGAGAGUACAGGAACUUCUGGACCCACGCUCUCCCUCAGUGGGCAUUGACCGCACUCCCAUACAGCUUGGUGUUGCAGGUAAAAGUUCUGUCCAGGUGCGAAAUGUUUGUCUGACAGAGACAGAUCCUCGCUCUCCUUCUGUUGACAUCAGUCGAACACCGGUCAGAGAAGUCGUGAGAGCAACAGUGGGAACCUUUGCGCGACGUCUGGGCAUGCUCUUCCACAGUGAGUUGGAGAACAAAGCCGAACCAAACGACUUUGACGCCUCAGUAGCAGCGGAAGAAGAAGAAUCCAAACCAGAGGAGAUGGCCUCCACAGAGCCCCUUCUGCCCCCACAGCCCUCUGAUAUCGGCUCCCUUGAUGCACAUGCCACCAUGGCUCCUGCUCAAACCGCAAACAGCCCAUUUGUUAACGUGCCACAUCCCCAGGUGGAAGUCGAGCUCGAAACUGAACCGGACAUGAGUCUCGAGGAGGCGGAGGAGGCCCGGGAAACUCCAAUUCACAAAAGACUGAGCAUGAGCCUCAUCGCUUGCCACGAAGGUUCCACUUCCUUACAAAUCUACGACUGUGUGUCCGACAGCUUUGCGAACGCAGACUGCGCUGACGAUUCAACCCCGCUCAUCAAGGAGGAUCAUUCAUAUGCAGUUCCUUCCAUUGCAAUUCAAUCCCCUGUCGAGCAAAGUGUGGUUGAUGACAAGGAGGCAGAGGCUGUGGCCCAAAUAUCUAGUGAGUCAAAGGAGGAGGCGGCUCAAAGUUUACCAGACAUAAAUAAAGUGGUAGAGAAGUCUAUUGCUUCAGAAGAAUCCAAAGCUGAAAGUGAUGUCCCUCGUCCGCUCCACGUCCGCUGCCCCACCAUCGAUCCAAAGAGCCCCAGUCAGAUUGUGUUCAAGCCUCAGUGGUUGGGGAAGGGCUUUGGCGGAGCAGGACACCGGGUCAGAGGGAACGGAGGCUCCUCGCCUCUUGCUCUGCAGGUGGCCGUGAAGAAAGUGUCUAAUGAAAAUAAAGCACACACUGGAAAAGCAAAGUCAAAAGCCAGUGAAGGUCGUUCUCCGUUGCAAACUCUCAAAGAGACAAACUCUCCCCAGGCUCGACGUGCUCCGAUGAAGCUGAAGACGUCCACUCCAGAAGGCCGCAGAAGCGCUCUUGGUGAACGCAGAGUUAUAUCUGUCGCUGUCGACAAAGAAAACUAA